AUGGGAGGCUUUGCGCCGCAGGUGUUGAUGGGGCCGAGAGUUCCAUUCACCAACAUGGUCGAUCUACCCAAGUCGAGCUUUAAACUCUCAGAUGCAGGCCGACUGCGGAAUCUUGAGAUGGACGCAAUGCCAACCCAUCCAUUGUACGAGAUGAGCUCCCCACAUUCGAAAGGGAUGUUGCUGGCGGUGAGCUUCGGCACCUGGGAAACAUCAGCUUCACCUACUGAACUGUCGACGGUGUGGCUCUCGUGGUACCAUCAACCAUCUAUCGCACCCGUUCACGUGGAACAGUGGCUGAGAGCAUAUUCAUCCGAAGCUCGUGGCCGCCGCGACGAGCGGCCGUGGAAAAGGAAAGGUGGCGAUCUUCCCAUCGCCAUUGGUUCUGAAGCAUAUAUGGAGCUUUGA